UAGUCACACCAAGACCAAUUACUCUCUAAAGUCGCUUCUUUUCUUCCUUGCUUCUUCACUAUCUAUCCACUUCCAUCUCAACAUCAACAGCUAUUACAAGAAAGGCAGACAAAAAGGAACUAAAAAAGAAAGAAAGAAUUAAAGAGAGGAAAAGGGUUAUGAAAAACAGUAUGAUUCACCAGCUUGAUGAUCAAAUGGUACUGAUCUCUCAGUACUAUCCUGAUAUAUACACUCAACUGGUAUCAGAACCAGGAGAGGCGAAACAGCAGCGGAGACGAAAGAAAAGCAAAGGUGAAGGGAGCAGAAGUGGAGUAAUGAGAAAGAGGAAGCUUAGCGAAGAACAAGUUAAUCUUCUUGAGCAGAGUUUUGGGAACGAGCAUAAACUUGAGACAGAGAGGAAGGACAAGCUUGCUUCUGAGCUUGGCCUUGAUCCUCACCAAGUUGCUGUGUGGUUUCAGAAUAGGAGAGCACGUUUUAAAAACAAGAAACUGGAGCAGGAAUAUUCUAAGUUAAAGACUCAGUAUGAUAUUGCUAUCGUUGAGAAAUGUCGUCUUGAAAAUGAGGUAAUCAAGAUGAAGGAGCAGUUAUCUGAAGCAGAAAAUGAGAUACAAAAGCUGCUAUUGGAGCGUAAUUGUGAUGGUGUUUCAAGCAAUAGCCCAAUUAGUACUUCAUCAUUCACAAUGGAUCAGCCACCUUUUCUUGGGGAGUUUGGAAUGGAGGGAAUGUUAAUGGAUAAUCUCUUCUUUAUUGCUGAAAAUACUUAUAAUUAUCAAGAGGGAUUAGAAUGGGUUAACCCUGUAUAUAUAUGAUAUAUGAUCCCUAAUUAAUUAGUUUAAAUUCUAGAAGCUCCAGAAUGUGGAUAGUGAUCCCACCUUGCUAAUGUAUGUACAACUUUCUUCUAUCCUUGUUUUCUGCUUACUACUAGUACAUUAAUGUAAUAAUGCUAGUUGUAUAUUUAACUGUAUGCGUUGCAAUCA